UUGAGAAACAUGGCCGCCUCCACGGGUGCUGCAAAUGUUGCUGCCUCCGACUUACAAGGUCCAGCUUCGGCUGGGCCGAGUCCGGACAGCCCGACGGUCCAGUACAGUAUGAUCCUGGACCACCUUAUCGGGGACAAGAGGCCCGUAAAGGACCUGAACCCGGCCGUUAUGGGGGGGCUGCCGGUGCCUGCGAAAAGCGACGAGCAGAAGAUGAUCGAGAGGGGAAUGGAGAGCUGCGCCUUCAAGUCUGUUCUGGCCUGUGUGGGAGGCUUCGUUCUCGGAGGAGCCUUCGGUGUCUUCACAGCUGGCAUCGAUACCAAUGUUGGCUUCGACCCCAAAGACCCCCUGAGAACUCCAACAGCACGAGAGGUCCUCAAAGACAUGGGCCAGAGGGGGAUGUCCUACGCCAAGAACUUUGCCAUCGUGGGCGCCAUGUUCUCCUGCACAGAGUGCAUCAUAGAAUCACACCGAGGCGUAUCUGACUGGAAGAACGCAGUGUACAGCGGCUGUGUAACUGGAGGAGCAAUUGGAUUUCGUGCUGGUCUGAAGGCGGGGGUCCUGGGGUGUGGAGGCUUUGCUGCAUUCUCCGCUGCCAUUGAAUAUUAUUUGCGGUGAGCCACGAGAGAGUGGCUCUGUGGACAAGAAUGUAAUCGAUGCACAUCUGGAAGAGCCGUGAAGACUCACGCUGUGAGAAAUCUGACUUUGUGAAUAUUUACCUGCACAUGGAGGAUUGCUGCAAAAGCAGAACAGAUGUAUUUGGAGGAAGUGACAGGUUCCUGUUCGUGAACUGAAACAGACCUGUCUGUAUUUUCUUCCUUUGUCUCAUUACUUUUGUGUUGUGGACAGUUUGAGCAAAGCAAACCAACUUCAUGUGGAGACUGAAGAAACUCAGCAGAGUGAGUCCUCUUCUGUGUAAUGAUGAGAUGAGAAUCACUGUCGCUCUGAGUCAGGACCACCUCACAUCAGACUCAGAUUAACACUGUUCUUGUUGUAGAACAUUGGUAUGAUGUGUCAGUAACUAAUCCACAUCAGGAUUAUUUAUAUUAAAGAUGUUUUUUUUGUUAACUUGAA